AUUUGAGUAUGUCUCCCUCCAAACACUGAACAAAUUUGGGGUCUUCCCAAGGGAUCAGCCAUGGGAUGAUCAUCCGACCCGUCUCAUCAUGCAUUUCUGAUUUGUUUCUUUCUUUUGCAGAGAAACUAGCUGCAGAACUGGUGAAACGAACCAAAGAAGUGGAGAAAAAGAAUUCACAGUUGAAGAAACACUGUGAAGACAUGGAGGAACAAAGAAAAAAAUCGGUGGAAUACACUGAAUACCUGGAGUACUGGAAUUCACUGUUGAAGCAUAGCUUAAAAAUGAUGGGUUUUAGUGCUGCUGAUUUCAUGAAAGAAGUUGCAGAACUGGGUGAGUCCAACCUCCAAAAUUAAAAAAAUAGGGGGUUCAGCCUGUGUGAGCUGUGCGAUGCAAUGUUCCUCUCAACAUGCAUUCCUUUUCUCUUUCUUUUCCAGAGGAACACUGUGAAGAGAUGAGUGAGUCUCACCUCCCAAAUUAAAAACACUGGGGUUCUGCCUGUGGGAGCUGAGGGAUGAGAUGUUCUUCUCAUCAUGCACUGUUUCUGCUUUUCCUUUGCAGAGAUGAAGGAUGCAAAGUUGGUGAAACAAGUAGCAAAACUGGUGAAACGAACCAAAGAAGUGGGUGAGUCUGCUUCCCCGAACCAAAGGAAUAUGGGGUUUCCCCUGGGGUGACAAGCCGUCCCACCUCACCAUGCGUUGCCUUUUCUUUCUUUUUUGCAGAGAAUCGGAAUUCAUUGUUGAGUAAGUAGCAGUCACUAAGCUGAGGGAAUAUGGGGUCUUCUCAAGGGACUGCGUAUGGGAUGAAAAAUCCCCUCUGACCAUGCACUGCUUUUCUCUUUCUAUUCCAGAGAAACACUGUGAAGACAUGGGUGAGCAUCCCCUCCCAAAUUAAAAUUGCUGGGCUCUUCCUUUGGGAGAUGAGGGGUGAGAUAUUCCUCUCAUCAUGCACUGUUUCUGCUUAUCCUAUGCAGAGGCAAAAGAUCCAAAGUUGGGUGAGUCUCCCUCCCUAAACCAAAGAGGAUAGGGGUCUUCCCGUGGGAUCAGCCAUGGGAUGAUCGUCUGACCCUUCUCAUCAUGUAUUUCUUAUCUCUUUCUUUCACAGAGAAAUUAGCUGCAAAACAGGGUGAGUUCUCCCUCUCUAAUUAGAAAAAAAAGGGAGGUCUGCCUGUGUAAGCUGUGGGAUGAGAUGUUCCUCUCAUCAUGCGUUGCUUUUCUCUAUAUUUCCAGUGGAACAAACUGAACCAUUGGGUGAGUUUACUUCCCCAGACCCAAGGAAUAUGGGGUUUCCCCUGGGAUGACAAGCUGUCCCACCUCAUCACACGUUGCUUUUCUCUUCCUUUUCCAGUGGUAGAAAUGAAAGAUUUGGGUGAGUCAUCCCCAAACUGAAGGAAUGCUUGGUUUCCCAUGGGAUGACAAGCUGUCCCACCUCAGCAUCCCUCGCUUUUGCUUUCUUUUCCAGACAAACAAACAGAAGAAUCAGACUGAGAGAUGAACACUGUUUCACAGUAACCACAGUUGUUAAGCUUAGUGCACCACUGAUGGCAGUGGAUACCAAAACCACGAUCACUCGAAGCCAGCAAGGAAAUCCACAACAGGAACAAGAGGAGGCAGAGUUUGCACUGAGUGAGAACACCUGCAUUGCAUUGCUGGGACCCAAAGCUGCCUGAGGGAACACCAAACUGAGGAUGCACGACCUCCAACUGCAAUCCAGUUGGAAGAAAGAAACCAUAGAGAGGAAGAAAGGAAUGGAGACAGAGAUCCUGGAAAAGGGACGGACAUUUUGGGAAAUAGUAUGAUCAUCUCUCAGGCUUUGUGGAAAUCUAAUGAAUACGUAACGCUUUUGUAAAUACAAGCAUGCAUGCAGAAGUAAAGGUUGAAAACUGCUUUGGGUGUUAUCCCUGUUGUCUCUUGCAGUAAAAGAACACCUGGUGAUGGUAAUGGAUUAUGGAUUGUUUUCAGUUCUUGGGCGUUUGGUUCUGUGAAACAGGAUGAGUCUUCAUCCUCGCACCAAAGGAACGUGGGCUCAGCCUAUGGCAUAACAAGCCAACCUUGCUCACCAUGCGCUGCUUUCCCAGCAGAACAAGGCUCCCUCCAGGAAGAUAAAAAGGGAUGAAAGCAACAUAAUAGACAAAAAAUACACAAAAACAAGAAAAUAAAGAAUACUUAAAAAAACCCUACAAUUCAAAAGAGUAACAAUAAUUAAAAGAAACCACACCAACCUUCCUCAAGAGGUAGCACCAGUGAGAUUCCUUUGUGCCCCAAUGCGGUGCUGGCGCAGCCCCAAGCGCCGUGGGAACAGUCCAGCACUUCAGAGCUGACCCCGGCGGUCCCACAGCGCAGAGGGGACUCUCCCCCGAGAUGACCCCCAUCCCUCAGCUUGAACGCCCCAAAGAAGCAACAGCCAAAAAGGUUUCUCCUGCUGGCCAAGCCAUGUGCUUUUCUCUUCCCACUGUGCUGAUGGCAAUCAUUAACCCCAAGAGCUCGUCCAGCAGCUUAUGGCUCGGCUGGGCGCUGCUGAACGAGCUUGCAGCCAACAAUAGUUCCAGCACACACACGAGGGGACGGGCCUGCCCCUUUCACUCCCCACCAUUACAGCUCUCGUUCAUCAGAGGAACCCACAUCCCACGCACUGAGUGCACCCACCAAUCUCCCACCUUCCCCACAAACCCUUCCUGGUCCCCGGAGCACCCCACUGUGGGAAGUGGGGCUGGGGGGGUGUCACAGGGGCAAACAUUUAUUCAUUUCUGCAUUAAUGCUCGGUUACUUAAAAAUCUCGAAUGAGCAAAGAAACCAUUGCACCUUGGGCAUAGCUCAGAGCAAGCUCCUGGAGCACAGCCCACAGAUUUCCCCUCUGCUAUGGCAAUGCUUCUGCUGGGUGCGUGUUCCUGGUGCAUGCAGGGAACCAGGGCACUGCAGGAAGCUGCAAUGGGAUGUGUUUAACGUCCUCCAACCUUUGCCCGUAUUGAUCCAUGGCCAAGUUCCUCCUACUGCACCCUGGAGCUGGGCAAAGGUAGGAGAAGCAGGGUGUGGCCACAUGCUUCCUGCAGCUCAGCUGGGCCCCUCUCUUCUCCUACAGCUCCUUCCCUCUUCUUCACUAACUUUUUCCCCCAUUUUCUUUUAAAAUCUUCUCCACAUCUUCUGCAGCAUCUCCUUCUCCGUCUCCUCCCCAAACUCCUUCCUGUAUCUUCGUCUCUCAACUUUUUCCCCAUCUUCUUUCCCAUCUUCUCCAUCAUCUCCUUCUCAGUCUCCUUCCUUACUCUCCUUUCCCCAGCUCCUUCCUCCAUCCUCUUCUCCAGCACAGAUGCGCUUCAGAUCGGGCUGCAACCACCCCGCUUCCGCCCUCACCUGGAGGAGCCUCCUGCCUCCUCUCCUGGCUCUGCACCUCCUCCGCCCAGGAUCAGCCCAGAUCAGGGUGGUGGC